AUGGGCCCCGUCAGUACACCCAACGAGACGAUCACCUUCACCGAUGGUGCCUCGCUGGCCCAUCUCGCAACCUCGGACCUAAUCAAGCUCGUCGCCCCGAUCCGAUCGCUGCCCUCGUCCUCCCGAUCGAUCUUCACCAACUGGGCCACGACCUACUCGUGCCAAACUUUGUCCUUGUUGCGACCUACGUCCGUCGACGAGGUGCGCUACGUCGUCGAGCUCGCGAGGAGGGAAGGCGUCGAGUUGAGGGCUUCGGGAAGCGGCCAUUCGCCGAGUGACUUGGUCUGCACCGAGGGGUACAUCAUCAACCUCGAUCGACUGGACCAUGUUCUCGAGGUGAGUUUCAGCUCUCGGGGGAAACUCAAUGUUCCGGCAGUGGCAAUGCUGUGUUGUGCUGUUCACCCUACAUCUUCCCUCGGCCGAGGCGUGGUUCCGUCGAUCUCCGAAACGUCGAUCGAUCGGCGAAGGUCGCGCGCGCGAUCCGCCCCGUGGGCUUUGCACGUGCCCAACUUGCUGCCCCCGCAGCUGCUGCGAAUCAACGCACCACUGUUUCCCGCGAGAAACAACUCUGGAUUGGUCAGGUUCCAGUCUGAGACCAGGGGGAACAGGGUGGAUGCACCUGCCGCGCGAUGUUGGGGGAAGGUCAUCGAUUGCGAACCCCUCGUGCCGUGCGAUUUUCGUUGUCGUCGUCAUCAUCGAGGGCUGCUAUCGAACGAUUACUGGCACGCGCUCGGCUCAGUCAGAAUUCGACGCUUCACAAUCGACAACGACGUGACUGAAGCCGCCAAAGCUGACGCUCGUAUUGAUCCCCCACCCAGGUCGACACCACCGACACCAAAUUCCAUGCCGAGGGAGGGAUCAAGCUCUCGGCGCUGCAUCCGAUCCUGCACGAGCACGAUCUUGCCAUCUCGUCGCUCGGUUCCAUCUCGGACCAAACAUUAGCCGGGUGUCUUUCCACCGCAACUCACGGUUCAGGAGUCAACUAUGGCAAUCUCUCGUCUUGCGUCGACUUUUUCGAACUCGUCCUGCCGACCCCUGGUGCACCGCUCGUUCGAGUGUCCAAAGAACAGGAUUCGGAUUUGUUCUACGCCGCCGCUUGUGGCCUCGGCCUCGUCGGUGUCAUCGUCGGUGUCGGCAUGCGGUGCGAACGUGCUUUCAACCUUGAGGAGGAAUUGUGGACGAUCUCGUUCGCAGAUUUCGUCGAGCGGUGGCAGGAAAUUGCCGAAUCGGCCGAGCAUGUCCGGUGUUGGUGGUUCCCGCAAGUUGGGCAGGUCAAAGUGUCGAGGUUGAACAGGACUGACAAGGUAUGUUAACAAGGCGCGCUCGUGCCAGUAAGCGAUGACCAAAAAGCCAACUUGAGCUUUCGUUUCUCCACAGCCCCUAACGGCGCUACCGUCUCGGUUCAAAACGUAUUGGUUCGACGUCGUCCUGGCCAAACAUUUUCACGCCGUCGUCCUCGCCAUUGCGCGGUUCUUCCCCAACAUCUUGCCUUAUCACGCCCAUGUCAUGUGGGCGCUCGUCCAUCGACCUGCGCCACUUCGUAUCGCCGAUCUGCUCCGACCCGUUUGGCCGACCGUAGCGAGCUCUCACGAAACGACGGCUACAAGACCUACCAUUAUCUUGGACGAGAAGGAGUCGUCGCAUCCGACCGUCGAGGUCACACCGUUACCAAGUCCCCCACUUUCGGACGCCGAGGGGGUCACUCUGCAGGAGAACAUCCCCCUGCCCCUUUUGACGACGCCUACAUAUCGCGUCGCUUCAUCGGUUGACGUCUUCAACUACGACUGCGGUUUCCCUCAGUACACUUACGAGGGUGCGGUACCUUACACCGAGACGGGCAAAUGCCUCGAAUCGCUCUCGACCUUGAACCUCGAACAGUUGUACGAUCGUAAAGGUCUGCGUUCGCAUUUCCCCAUCGAAAUUCGUUACACCGCCGCGGACGACGUUUGGUUAUCCCCGACGUAUGGUCAACGCGCGACCUACAUAGGAGCGAUUCAAUAUCGACCUUUCAACCUUCCCGUACCGUACAAGAAAUUGUUCAAGGCGUUUGAGAGCGUAUUGCUUCAACACGGCGGACGACCUCAUUGGGCCAAGAGCCAUACAGUCGGGACCAGAGGUUUGGAGAACUUGUACCCGAAGUUUGGGGACUUCUUGAACGUGAGGGAGCGAGUCGAUCCGCAAGGCGUUUUGUUGAACGCUUAUGCUCGACGACACUUGUUGGGUCAGGUCGGGGAAGAGGUCGAUUUCAAAAAGUUUAAAAAGAGUGGGAGGUGA